CGGGCCACCGACGAGAUGCUGCGCCACCUGCUCCGCCACGAGAACAACAAGGUCUUCGUCCUGAUCCUGCUCUACUGCGUCCUGGUCAGCAUCCUGAAACUCUGCACGGCACAGGCCGAAAAUUCUGUGGCGGAUAAUGAUAUCACCCAUUUGGGUGACGAUUGCCAAGUGACGCCCGUGAUUCAUGUGCUCCAGUAUCCUGGCUGUGUGCCCAAGCCGAUUCCCUCAUUCGCCUGUGUCGGUCGCUGUGCGAGUUAUAUCCAGGUUUCGGGCAGUAAGAUCUGGCAGAUGGAGCGGUCCUGCAUGUGCUGCCAGGAGUCUGGCGAGCGGGAGGCAGCCGUCUCGCUUUUCUGUCCCAAAGUGAAGCCGGGCGAAAGGAAGUUCAAGAAGGUCCUGACCAAGGCGCCACUGGAGUGCAUGUGCCGGCCCUGCACUUCCAUCGAGGAAUCCGGCAUCAUACCGCAGGAAAUUGCCGGCUACUCGGACGAGGGUCCUCUCAACAAUCAUUUCCGGCGCAUCGCUCUGCAAUAGACCACCCAUCACUUCUACA